UAUUAGUCCACCAGCCUCGUGUCCUAUAAAUUCAAUGUUGAUUACUUCACUUCCUCCCACACUACCACCAACACAACAACAGUUAACGAAAGCAACCAAGUUAGGAAGAUGAGCAAUCUGCUAUGCGGGAAGUUGGAGGCAUGUUUUGCGAUCAGACUCCCGGCGAGUCAGCACCACGACAUCUUCAGCGGCAGGCCUCACCACGUCUCCGGCAUGGCUCCGACGAAGAUCAAGAACUGUGCUCUCCACGAAGGCGACUUCGGCAAAAAGGGCUCCAUUGUUAUCUGGGACUAUGUUCAUGGAUGGAGUUCACAAGGUGGCCAAGGAACUAGUCGAAGACAUCGAUGAUGCGAAUUUUUCGACCACUUUCAAGGUGAUCGAAGGCAAUCUUCUCAAGGAGUACAAAGAGUUCAAGAUUGUUGUCAAGGCAACUCCCAAAUCUGAGAACACUAGUCUCAUCCACUGGACUAUGGAGUAUGAGAAGCUGAAUGAGGAUAUCCCCGAGCCCUUCUCCCUGUUGAAAUUUGUGGUUCAUCUGAGCAAAGAUAUCGAUGAUCACCACACCAAAAAGUGAUCACGUCAGUUAUCUGGAUCGACGUGAUUACCCCAUAAGCCGCAUAUAUAUGUGAUUCGUACCCUUAAUAUCUGUAAUGAAAAAGUGCAUGCAGACAGCAGUACUGCUGCAUCGAUAUACCUUUGUUUACUAGCAAGACGUCGCUACGGUACUUGUUCUUUCAGUUUCAUCAUUUCUUGGGUUUGUUAUGUCCUCCUCGGUACCUUCGUGUUAUGUUAUGUCAUGAUGCUGGUGCCUGGUGAUCAUAGUUA